CUUAUUUUAAUUUUGAAACCUCUUCAUUUAGGUACAAUGGUGCAAAACCAACUACGAACAUGGUUAUUGUGAAUAUUAAACUCCUGUCAGGUUUCACCGCAGAUACGUCACUGCUUAGAUCUCCACCAGAUUCAUUUGCUCCACUAGUGCAGCGGGUUGAUGCUGGAGAUGACCAUGUGCUGGUGUAUCUGAAAGGGGUUCCUAAGGAUGUCCCCAUGACCUACAGUCUACAACUGAAACAGGGUCUUGCAGUGCAGGAUCUCAAGCCAGCAGUAAUUGAGGUGUAUGACUACUAUCAGCCAAGUAUGUGUUUUUGCUAA